AUGAUAGCAGCUAUUUCUUGGGUCCCCAAAGGGGUCUCAAGGUCUAUCCCAGUUAUGGCUCAGCCUCCUUCAAAAGAGGAAAUUAAAGAGAUUUUGAACAGCAGGACUUUUGAGAGAAGUGAAGAGAGUGAAAAUGAGGACCAUGAUGAAGAUAUGGUUGUUGAUGAUGCUAAACAGGGUGGUGAAGUUGCCCGUGCAUUAGUUAUUGCAGAUGCACUUGGCAAAGCCUCCUUGAGCACCACUUCAGUUCCUUUUCAAGACAUAGCAGAUUCUUUGCAGGAACUAGACAUGGAACACUAUGAUGAAGAGGAUGAUGGUGUUGAGCUGAUUGGCACGAGAAUUGGGGAUGCUUAUUAUCCAAGUAAUGACAUGGACCCGUAUUUGAAGGAUCAGAAUGAUGAUGACUCUGAAGAGGUUGAGGACAUGACCAUAAUAGCUGAGGAUGCUGUCAUAGUGUGUGCUUGUAACGAAGAUGAUGUCAGCCAUCUUGAGGUUUGGAUUUAUGAGGACCCUGCUGAUGGUGAUUCAAACAUGUACGUUCACCAUGAUAUCAUCAUUCUAACUUUUCCCCUCUACACAGCAUGGCUUGAUUGCCCGAUUAAAGGCGGAGAAAAAGGCCUCAAAUGCCUACCUCUAGUUUUUGCUUCGGCUUGCUACGGAAAUGCUAUUUGA